CGCAUUAUUAUGAGUCCGCGUGAUUACGUCCUUUGCACUCGUUUCAACAAGUCUCAGCGGUGAAACAAUGGUCGAAAGAUAUCAAAUUUUGAACUGUUACCUUGACCAAGUUUUAGCAAACUUUGAAAUCCCAAAAAAAUGAACUGAUUUAUUCACCCUGAACUGAUACUCCUGUAGCUCACGAGCUCCUUCUUUUUGCUGCCAUCUUCUGCCCAGACUUCUCAUUAUGGAUGUCACUGCAACUAAUUUCAGGGAAGUUCUUCCAAAGGUGUUUGAUGCCAUCAACAAGGCAGACUUUGUUGCAGUGGAUGCAGAAUUCUCAGGGUUGCGUCGAAGCACAGCCGAUCAAGAAUUUUCAAUCAUGGACACAUUAGAAGAAAGAUACACCAAAGUUGCAUCAAGUGUCAAGGAAUUUGGGAUGAUCCAGUUUGGCAUGAGCUGCUUCCACUCUGAUGCUAACAAAAAAUCGUAUGAAACUGCCACCUUCAGCUUCUACUUGCUGAAAAAGAUGACAUCACUAUUCUCCCCAAACACAUUCACAGUUUGCAGUAACAGCCUGAGAUUUUUAGCUGCAAAUAAGUUUGAUUUCAACAAAUUAUUUAGUGAUGGCCUACCGUACCUGAACCAGGUAGAAGCUCAUCAUAAUAGAAGUCGUCUUCCUGACCAGAUAACCAAACGACUUGGGAUUACAUCUGAAAAGCCUUCAGUUCAAGACCCUAUCAGCAGCCUGUUUAAAGUAAUCAAAGAUUACGUUGCCACGGAGAGCGCCAAGUUACUAAGGCAAGCAAAUAACGCCUCGCCAUCAACAACCAGCAAAACAGAAGGACCAUCCAGCCCUAAAGACGAGCGUAACGGUAUCAGCAACGGCCUCAUCUUAGAUUCUAAGUUCAAAGCAGAAGAUAUUUUAGAGGUUCCCGUGGAUCAGCUUCAUAGUCCUGCUAACUACACGCCUCCUUUUCACUCCUUACGAAAGUUCUGCUUGAAGGAAGUCAAGCGCAGCUUCUGGAAACUUCUGCGUUUACUGGUCGCCUGCGAGUGCAGUAAUGUGGACGCAACACUGGAUUAUGACGAACAGGCUCUCUUUGUUAGGGUGUUUCUUAACACUGAAGAUCGUGAUAAGUUCGUCUAUUACGAUGAGGUUGACAAAUUCUACAACACGAUUGGUUUCAGUCACAUCGUCUUCCACCUUCUGAAGACUGGGAAGCCAAUAGUUGGACACAACUGCAUCUUAGAUGUGAUGCACCUUGUCGACAAGUGUUUGCAGCCCGUGCCUCUAGAUUUAAAUUCCUUCAAAGAAUUGUACAAGGCAAACUUCACUCUUCUCUAUGACACCAAACUUCUCACCGUUGGAGCCCCUUUUGCACACCAGAUGGAGAACACCUCUCUGGAGCGGGUUUACAAGUUUGCUUCCUCUUCAUGUCCGAAGUUGACAACCUUGAAGGGGUGCCGCUCAUACAACCUCAAGUCCCAAGAGGGCACCAAGGAGCACGAUGCUGGCUUUGAUGCCUUUAUGACGGCUGUUGCAUUCGUUGGAGUUGUUCGAAAACUCGGUGGCCCUCGGAAACGAGAGAAAAGCCUCCUUGACUCGCCUCACCUGAAGAACGUCGCUAAUAGAACUUACCUCAUGCAAAUCUGUGACAUGAAUGCACUUCAUCUAGCAGGAGAUGAUGGCGUUGUUGACCGGACUGGUGUGUUCGUUGUAACGUCUUCGUUUGAGCUGCGAUUUAGCCAGGUCAAGACUUUCUUUCCUGAUCUUGCUUCCCCGACAAUUGUCUCGGACCACACACCGGACCACAGGCACUUUGUACUGCCAUCCACAGACGCCGAACGCAAAAAGGCUCCAGUGCUUCUACGGAAAGCUUUAACCCUGUGCCCUUCCAGCGUUCACAUCAUCCUCUACUCUUCUAAUUUGAACUCGCCUGAAAGCAUGGAUACAUCAGACUCGACUAGCGGUGAGGCUUGCUGCUAUUCGGUUCAAAAUAAGGCCAUUCCUCCUCCACUGCCCUCUCACAGCUCCCCUGACGUGAACAACUCUGACGUUGGUGAUGUUCAUUUGAGUGUGCCUCUAACUCCUCGCACUGCUCACCUCGCUAGAAACUCCAAACUUAACGCCAAGUCGCCCGAAUUUACUCCUGCUUCUACCUCUGGAAAAUCUCGCAGAAGCAGUGGCAAUCCAAAAUCUAAUCAACAAACUCGGCCUACCUUGACUGGUUAUAGAACCCUUGAAGAGUUUAAUGCUACUAAUCAAACUGUAAUGGAAGACCUAGGCGUUGAACUUCGUCGUGAAGAUAAAACAUCAAUUAUUGACUCAGGCGCUGGUACAAUUCAUUUAAAAAGAGGAGAAAAACGGAAAUCCGGCCAACAAUUUGAAGAAGUUGAAAUGACAGAAGUUGAAGAACAAGCUCCUCUGAUAUCUAAUAACAGCAAGAACGAUUCCGAAGAAUGGAAAACUGUUCGUAACCGCAACAGAAACCACAAAUGGGGCGGCAGUGCUGCUUCUUGCAAUGUUGCUAACCGAUUCCAGCCGGACGACCAAGAACCUGAGAAGAUUGAAGUGAAAGAGGAAGCACCUAUUAGAAGACUUCGCAAGAGAAGUUGUACUGGCGACGUGAGGGCGCACAACAGAGGCGGCGCAGGCCAUAGUCUCACUGCGCGAGACGAUGUCGCUCACAGCGUCAACGUAAAUGACGACAUGAGCAACGUUGUUGCUGAAGGCGAGAAUGACGGAGCAGAAGCUACGGCCGAAGGGAAGGAACUCAAGAGACUCAAGAGUGUCGGAGCGGAACAAUUCUCCUCACUGUCCCUGGAGUCGCCAACAUGCGACCGAGCUUUCUCUGCUGCAGUGGAAGUCGGUCCUGGUGGGCCUUCUAGCCGCGGUGUUGCUGGUGGUGGUGGUGUCGUGGAGCAGGAUGCUUCUACCUGCUGGGGAGCUGUAACAGGUGCUGCAGGCGCCGCACUUGAGCACGAGGACCGCGGCAGCAGACCACAAGCGCAGCCAGAGGAUCUAGAGACCCUUCUGCAGCAGAGACUCGUUGCAGACCAGACGACGGAUGAUGCGAACAAGAAAUUUUCAAGAACAAAACGUGGUGCUGAAAAUUCUGAAGGCGAUGAGUGUUUUGCUGAUGAAGAGUGUUUUACUGUGCCUAAUGACUGGUAAUUACCUUUGAAUGAUUCAAUCUAUCAAAAUCUAUCACAAAGGCGCGAUCAACUUAACAUAGUAAACGACUUGGGCUUGUGAGAGUCACAUUUACUGGUGAACAAGUAUAUUAUAGUUCUCCGUAAGCUCAAUUUGAUACGAUCUUAGAUCAUUUGGCUCCGAAAUGAUUAGAAUAUUAAUCAUGUUUGAACCCGUGAGUUAACAAACACUAGACAUGCAAACAUCAAGCGAUAAUUUUAUUCAGGAGCGUCAAAAUCAUCUUCAUGUUUUAGAGUAUUUAAGUUUUUGAAUUUAAACCCCAUUUCAUUUUAUUUAGAGAUCCCAGUGCUUAAGAGUUAGCGUGAGGAAGCGUCUACAAUUCGCAGACCUGAUCUAUUUGUCAGGACUUUGGUGCUGCUGCGCUCGUUGCUUGUCUUUGCAUUUCUGCCCGAAUUUACUAGGCGGAAAUUUUAAUGAAAUCUUUUUAUUAGAAUGGGUUGUGUGGGAUUAAUUCAGGAGCUGUUAAACAUAGUUGUGUUAGCGUAAGAUUGCCCCAGUGCCUGGCAAAUCGAUGUCAGUAUAAACUUGCUCACCAAGAUCUUGAAAGUUUGCUUUAUUUUCCAUUCUUUAAAAAUUGGACGAUUUUUUCGCAUUGAAAAUUCUUUUUUGAUUUGAUCUUGAAUUUUAUUUAUUACUUUGAUAUCCCAUUGCUUUCUUCAGUAUUUCCUUAUCUGUAAAUUCUAAUUACAUUCUCUGCUUGCUUACAGCUUUGCAUUGUCUCAUUUAGCUUUGCAGUUGCAACUGUUCGGCUUUUCUACAUUAUUAGGGACUAAGAAUGUUCUACGUAGAAUUCAAGAGGAUGUUGAUCAAUACAAGGUGUGAUCGUUAUGACCGUCGUACCUGAUUUUGUACCACAAAGUUUCGAGUUGUGUGAUGGCUGUGCUUGUGAUGUACCGUCGUGACCAAAUUAUCGAGGUCUUAGCCUGGCGUUGAUACAAGAAGCUUUUCUUGGCUUGGGAAGGUUCUCAGAGCAGGAUUUAUUCGUGUUCUUAGUUUGUGUGUGUAAUAUUGCCUCGAGUCGCGUAUUUGAUGUGAUUCACACUUUUCGCCGUGCCAUUUUCGCUGUGUGCAUUUCGAGUGAUGAGAAGAUAUUUUUUUACUUCCGUCGCAACAAUGUAAAUCUAUGGACCAGUGAUGAGACAUAUCUAAUUUUACAAGAUUUCGAAUGAAUCUCAUCAUGUGCACUCUGAACUCUCACUUCAAGUGGACAUUGCUCAAGUCUGUUUAUUUUGAUAAUUGUUGUUCUGGCUAGGCUAUUCAUGCUCACUUUUGAAGAAAUGGAAAAUGAAUCGACCCGAAGUUGUGGGCAACAUAAUGAAUCAUCGAUAGAAAUAUUGGUUCAAUAGUGCAGUUCUACUCGGGUCUCGGGAAAAAUUAUCCAUCUAUGUAAAUGAGUUGUUGCGAUAUUUUUUUAGAGCGUCAAACUUUUAAAGAGUUCAUCAUUCUUCAGGUAUUGAUUAGUAGUAUCCACAUUCAAACGGUUCCUCCAAUUAUGAGGGAAGUUGUUAAUUACUUAAGAUUUAUGUUUUUCCUAAUACCCUCUGCAGAUUAGCCUGCAGGCUUAAUCGUUAUUAUUUUUUUUUUGUAAGCAAUGGUCGUAAGUUGUUUCUCUUCCAGAUUAUUCUUCGUUAAGACCACCGAGACUUUCCUCCAGGCACCUUUUGCGUGCCUCUAAAAACACUUGAAAACCAUCCGCUUUUUUAAACAAUAAUUUUAAUAUUUUAUUCAGUGAGGAAUUUCGGGGUAAUACCAAUUUAAUUUACUGGGUGUUUGUUAAUUGUCUGUGAUUUUUUCAUCCAAGCGUUUACAAUGAACGAACAACAAAGUAAGUACAUGCACUUGAGCUUGUUUCGGUUGUAGUAUCUUUAUUUUGGUAUAAUUGCUACGAUUAACAUUUUUCAGGAUAGUGAUUUUAAGUUCAACGAACAUAGAUAUCAUGCGCAUUAGAGUGAUCGGAGCUUCUGUUAAGAGUCUUGUUAUUCACAGCCAGAUAUUUGUUGACACGUGUUGCCUCAUUUCUACUGUGAUGAAAUAAGAGGUCUCAUCUGCAUAAUUAAUUUCGGUUUAUUCAGUUGUAAUUAAUUUAGCAUUUAAUGCAUGUUUAAGGGCAGUACGUCUAUUUUCGGUAUUAACUAAUCUUGACAAUAUAAGGCAUUAGUGCCAUAUCGCAUUACAUUCCAAAUUCAUAUCUUGAAUGCGUCAUAAAUUCGACUAACAUUAAAACGCCAGUGUUCGUUGGUGUAUUGCUCUUUAUUCCGCAGGGGUAUUCCGUGCUACUUCAAGGUAUUGAUUUAAAAAGCCUACGGAAUUAAAUUUACCAACUGGC